GUUUGGGAUAAAAUCAUGCUUCAGUAGAAGGAAUGGAGAUAUAGCAAUCAGGAUUGGAAUGGGCAUUGGAGUUCAGUUGCUUUGUGGAUAUGUCACCCUCCCUCUUUAUGCCCUUGUCACUCAGAUGGGAACAAGGCCGAAGAGAACAGUAUUCACAGAUGGCAUAGUUGAAGGGCUAAAAAAGUGGCAAAAAAGGUCAAAACAAAGCCUUUCCAAAAAGGCAUUCACUUCAAAAUCAACUUAUUAUUUUCAUUCUCAAGGUGACGGACAUUAUGAAAUGAAGGACAAAGAAGCAAAUAAAUCAAAGCAUGGAGGAUGUAAGAAUGGAGGUUGUAAUGAAGCCAUUAUUGUUGGGUCUUCUUCUACUUCACGAAGAAACCCCCAAAACGAAAACCCUAGCGAGGGAAUGAAACCAAACUAUGAUGGGGAGAUCUCUUUUGCCAGCACUUGGAAACAAAUAGAGAUUAAUUAA